CGCCCUGGGCUGAGCCGGGAGCCGGGCCGGACCUCGCAGCCCAGACCUCCCCCUCCCGCCUGGGCCGCCAUGUCCCUCAGCCGGGGCAAGCCGGGGGGCUCCCCGCCGCUGGUCUUCGCCGCGCCGGAGAUGGAGUGCAAGAUCUGCUACGAGGCCUUCGACGGCCACGCCCGCCGGCCCAAGCUGCUGCCCUGCCAGCAUGGGAUGUGUGCCAGGUGCCUGCGCAAGAUGGCCGACGUAGGCGACUCUCCCGGGUGCCUCAGCUGCCCCUUCUGCCGCCAGGAGACCCUCUUGCCUGACCAGGACGUGGGCCAGCUCCCGGAUGACGGGCGAGCGCUGGCCCUGCUGAGCUGCCGAGAGCGGGCCCGCAAACAGGGCCACCCGGCCCUCUCCCCUCCGGAGGUGCUCCUGUGCCCUGGCGUCCUGGAGCCCUUUGGGGAGGGCAGGCACGGCUCCUCUGACUGCCUGGUCAUUACCCUCCUGGAGAUGCCCGAGGACUUGGCAGCCCCCGAGGGGGUGGGGCUCCUGGAUGUGAUGCGGCUCUAUCGCCCCCCCAGCUUGGCCUCGCUACCUUGCCACGGCCCCCUGGCCAAGUGCCAGGCGUGCAGCGCCCGCCACACCGUCCCCCGCUUCCUCGUGGGCGUGCUUUGCCUGGUGUAUUUCAGCUCCCUGCCCUUGGGCAUCUAUCUCCUCCUCGUGGAACGCCUCAGCCUGGGCAUCGUUCUCGUGAGCCUCGUGCCCUCCACACUCAUCCUCUGCAUCUUCUACAGCCUCUGCCAGUGCUUGCGCCAUGAAAUCCUUGACUUCCCCUCUUGAACCGCCUGGCCUGCCUGACACGGGCUGGGGCUCUGCAGGACUCCAAGGCCCAGCGCCUCCUGCGGGGCUGGUCCAGGGGCACUCUUGCCUGCUCCCGUGGCUGGCCCAGCUUCACACUCCUCCAGUGCUCCCGGCAGUGGCUGCUUGGACCUGGAUGCAACUGACCCGCGGGGCACCUUCAGCCACAGAGGAGGGCCUGCGCUCCCAGCGGGAAAUUGGGGCUGUGCCAUCAUCUGGGAAGAAGAGAUUCCUAGCCCCGUAAUGCUGCAGCCACCCAGUCUUGAGGUCUGGUAGCGUGGAGGCUUGCUACUGUCUGAAUGUACGUUGCCUUUCCUCUGAGAGCUCCUGGUUCCGUUUGCCACACUCUCCUCUCCACAAUAAGCCCCCCCCCCAGCCGCCCUUUAGUCCACAUGGGCAAAGACAAAAAUGCUUGAGUAUUCUUUGACAGGGUCGCCCAAACCUCGUUUGGCAGGUUGUGCAGGGUCAGUGCUCAGCAGCAGCAGCAGCACCAAAUAACGUUGGCAGUGUGCUUCUGAAGCCAGGCCAAAGGAAGGCCCCUCGCCUCGGUGCCACGCCUGUGGGCUUCUUGCUAGUGCCCACCUACCUCUCCUGGAAACGGGGGGGGGGGGGCGCUUUGCUCAGAUCCAGAAUGGUGGCUCUGAAGGGUGUGUGUUCUUUGCACAUCACACAAGUAGGAGCCGAUGAUUCUCGGGCACAGCUGACGCCCUGCCACCCGCAGAACCGGAAGUGGUCGGGCUGCUGAUGGGACAGGCAAGGAGGGGGGGCCACACUAAUGCAGAGUCAGUACGGAGAAGAAAACGGGUGGGGUACGUGGGGGUGGGGGGGGAUUUACAUUCCGCAGGAACAUCCCAGUGCGUUUGCACGCUGGUUUAUCCGAUCAAAAUAUACAUUGAAGUUACGUUAAAAUUGCAAAGAAUACGAAAAGAAAGACUGCAGUGUGAUUUCGAUGGAAUCUCAGCUUCUAAAAAGGAUUUUCGAGAAAGACGUAAUCUGACCCACGGUAGAAGCUCUUCCUCACAGAGACCAGGCUCUUUACGCGCACUUCGUAGCUUUCAAAUAAACAUGAAAUUUCCAAAGUGUAAGGAAUAAAGAA